AUGAGCGCCAACCCCAAGAGCAACACGCCAACAGCGGUGUGGGAAGGGGUUCUUGGUCGCCCUGCUGAUGAUGGCAAUGGAGCUAUGAGAGGCCGCAAAGCUUCCAUCAAGUUGACAAGCGACGAUGGUGGACCCCUCGAUGGCGAGACAACCACAGGCCCAGGCCUGCCCGAGAUUGUGGAGAGCGGCUUUGGCUUCGACUCAGACACGUCUGAUGGAGAACCCACCUUCGCUGCAGACGAGGAAAGGGCUCAAACCCCACGCACCGGACAAGCAGAAGACAAGAAGGCAGACUCGGACAGAGUGAUCCUGGAGAGCGCGGAUGGAUUCGACGAAGUAGACACGAGCACGCCGCUGGCUCAAAGGGCACCCGAGAUUAUGGCCAAGGACGUGGACGUCUUUCGCAAGUGGCAAACACGAGUGGAACACAAGGCGUCAACCGUUACGACAGAAAGCAGCGUGCAGGGCUCUGGCAGCAAAACUCGAGCCAUUGCUGCCUGCCAGUGGUUCUUCGCGCUGCUGGCCUUUGGCGCGUUUGGAUUUCUGCUUGGUGGUCACGUCAUUUCCGCAGACUACAUCUGCCCAGCCGGAACAGAAACCCCUUUCAAAGGCAUACCGCCGGCACACUGGCCGCGUCCGUUCGAGCAACGGCGCGUUGGCGACUGGAUCGACACCAGCUCCCACAUCUUUGCCGUUAUUUUGUCAAUCCCGUUGCUCGGCACGGCGCUCUUCCUAUCUCUGUUCCUGACCGUAUGGACACGCUGGACACGCAGGACUCAGAUUAGCCACAUGCAUCGGCGUCAAAGCAUCCGCAGCAGGAGGAACUCGGUGAACAAAUCACUUGAGGACCACGCCACACCGGAGAAGAGCAGCGCGGCGACUUUGGUGGACAGCGACAACCCUUGCCCAAGCACGAACAAGCCGGAUAGUGACGCGACAAGCACACGCGUGGAUGUCACGGCGCAGGCCCAGCACGCGCAUGGGUUUGCAGAAAAUCCGUCCUUUGAUGUUGCGGCACACACCGCAGACGGUGAGGGUGAAAGGCCGUUCGCGACACAUGCUGUCAACGGCACAGGCAGUUCAGCAUCGGCAACCUCAAGUGCGUUGCCGCGCAAGCCUCACGCAGUGCCCCCCACCAGCGUCGACAGCUCGGCAGCCGUGACUGACUCAUACCAGCCUCCUUCGACCUCGGGCCGACGUGUGCACGUGUUGCGGUGGGCUGUGCAGUCAUUUCUUUGGCUGGGCUACAGGCGCGAGGGCAGGAAGCGUGCCACCACCCCGCAAUGGGUGCUGUUUUUCUUCACGCUGUGCACGACAUACGGUGUGGUGGCGAUCUUUUUCGGGUCGGGUUGGACCACAUUUUUCAAGCUUGCGGGCAUAGGCACCUUGGCCCUCGUCCAUGGAUUUGUGCUCCUGCUGCAGUACGUACAAGACAGCGUGCUGUUUCGCUCACGGCAGGAGCACCCAGACACAGUGAGGCACCAGAUCUUGCGCGCGACUGGCCUUUCCAUGGCCGUGCUGAUUGUGCAGGUGUUCCUGUGGUGCUUCUUUGUUGGGUUUGCCUACGCAACGCUGCCUUGCCUAGUGGUGCUCAAGGAAGCGGGGAACCCGUCCAAGUUUAAGCGAGAGGAUCUGAAAUACUUGGACGCGGUGAUCAAAGUCCGCUUCUGGGGCACGGGGAACUUGUCUCUGCACCUGCUGUUCCUGCUCGUGUGGCUGCAGCUUGAGUUUGGCAGCGGCCGAUUGUCCGUGGCGCAGCUGCUGCGACUGCGUGCAUCGCCAAACGCCCUUGCGCGUGUUGUGCUCGUCGCUCUGGCCACGCUGGCCACAGCGGGAAGCUUCUCCACGGUGUUUGCUGAGCAAGGAACGCUGCUGCUCACGGUGAAGGCGUCCGAGUUUGUCAUUCCCACCUUCACCAUUUUCCUCAAUGCCGCUGUACUGACGCUGUGGAUCUUGACGUUCAUUACGCUGCUCAUCUCGGUCGUGCGCAGGAAACUGCGUCGCAAGGCAGACAUUGGCCGCUGGAACGUGUUUGUGAGCUCAUGCAAAGAUGAUGCUGAGCUGCAGAAUCUGCUCGCGACAAACAUUCGGCUGAAGAGCGGCGACUUCCUCUCGCGCUCGCACGCGCUCUCGGUGGGCUGGCGAGGCAAGCAGCCUGAGGCCGACGAUCCCGUUCACACCGACGCGGAGAACGACCACCCCCUGCUGCACACGGACCUGUACGUGCCGGUUCUGUCGUGGUGGCGGAAGAACGUGGACCCUGAGAUCAGCUCCUCGACGGCGGCCCGGCCCGUGGGGUCAUUGGCAGAUGUGGCCGCGCGCACGGGCGGCGAACUCGAUGGCGACGGUGGUGGCAGCAGCAGCGGUGCUACUCACAUGUUCCUGCUCGAGCUGAUCCUCGCCUUUGAGCUGCACCGCGCGCACAAGAUCAAACGCAUCUUUCCCAUCCUCUCGGGCGGGCUGGCGGAGAACAAGCGCUUCUACCAAGAUCUUAGGGAGAACAUGGGCGAGCUCCCAGACAACCUACAUGGACCGACGUGUGCAAGGGCACUGGAGCUGCUCAAGGUGUGGCAGCGCACAAAGCAGGUGAACCUCAAGCUCGGCGACAAGCCCCCGCCCCAUUGGUCCGCCAAGACCAUCACCACGCUUGUGCUGCUGUACCCGGCAUUCAACAUUCACGAGCACGGAAGCGCCCGCUUCGCAAACGACAAGUCCGUUGAUGCCGUGUUGCUUGCAUUUGAGCGUGCCACGAAGGAGAAGGCGAGCACAAAGUCACUUUCAGCAACCCAUGCACUCUUUGAUGCGCUUUUCCUUCACUGA